ACAAGUUUGUCAAGCUGGAUGUUUUAGUCGGCUUCACCAAUAAUCUUUGCGAGUUAUUCCCACAGUUCUGAACAGUCGACUGCAGAAUGAAGGAGAAGGUCGAAACUUGUGAGCGCUUUGAAAUACCAGGGAAAUCCAUUAUUCAGAGCGAUUUUUGCUGCCGAUACUUGUUAAUUAUCAUUGCAAUCACCACCGCUUUUGUGCUUCUCUGCAACAUCAAAAAUUCAACUAACUUGAACGCAAAAGAGGUGGAACUGGAACAUUCAAAUGAAACAAAUGAAAUACUCCAAAGGUUAAUUGACAGUAACAAGGAGAUCCAAGAAGACAGAAAAAUCCCUGAAAAUCAGUUCAACGAGUUAAAAACCUUCAUGAGAUGUCUUCGUGCAAGUUUAAUGAAAUUGACAACAGCCUCUAAUGGAAAAAAAUACUUAUUUUACAACCAAACAAAGAUGACAUGGGACGACGCUUACUUGUAUUGUGAGAAGAGAGGCCUUCACUUGGCCACUGCAAAAAAUUUGGAGGAUUUAUAUGCACUUCGGAUGAAAACUAAGUCGUUUAUAAAUCAUUAUGAAAGAUGGUGGUUGUCAGCAAAGGACUAUGGAAACAUCACGCAUCAUGAUUAUCGUUGGCAUGAUGGAACACCAUUUCACUUAAAUGACACAUUGUGGAAAACGCAUGGCCAAAUUGAUCAUAACACUUGCCCACACGUCUAUUUUGCAAGUGCCGGUGAAUUGAACAAAAUAUUGUGCAUUGUGGGCGGAACUCUUCCCAAAAAUUUCGUUUGCGAGCUGUAUGAAGAAUGCUACUAAUAUAUAUUCUGCCUCUCAAAUUCUCAAUAGUAGACUAGCUUCAGAGGUAACAACAAUUGAUGUUAGUUUUCUUUUUGACAAAUUUUAAAUGCAAGAAGUCCAGUCACUUUUGUACUGUGAUAUCGCAUUUAUUUUCAUAUUAUUUCUAAAUUUUGGGCCUUUUUGUGCUCUUGAAUUAUUUUUAAAUUUUAUUGGAUAGCUAUUCCACAUUAGCAUUUUAUUAUCUGACAAUUAUUAUUAGAUCUUCGCAAAUAAUAAAAAUGAAAUAAAAAAAAUAUAUCAAAAGCU